AUGAAAUCUUCGAACGUGUUUCCGACGUUUCAUGUGGCUGUGGCGAGCAUCCUUGGAUACCUGAACUACGAGUACAACAUGCGCAAGUCCUACACCCUGGCAUCGGAGUUGAAGUUUUACAAGGAGGUCAACGUGGGACAGGUGAAGGGCCAGCAGCUGAUGGAUGCCGGGUCCGUGACCUUCAGCAAGGAGAGUGGCCUUGAUUUUGGCAAGGCCAUGGGCUUCCGGGAUGGCGACACCUACUGCGUCGCGCCGAUCACCAACGGAGAUGCGAAUCUCCUGGUCUACGACUUCUGGGCCAUAGGCCGGGAGAGAUGCGUCUGGCGUUUGUCCCCCGAUCGCCACCCAGAAAAGUUCUCCAGGCAGGAAGAUCUCAUGUCACCGGAUCGCCUGUGA